GCGUGUUUUUCUGAAAAACAGGUGGGAACCUGAAGGGAGAGUUGUACAGCUGUUGUAGCUGCUUCAUUAACGCUGUGAACAGACAGGAAACUGCGGUAUUGUGCUUAAGACAGUUUGAGAGCUAUUUUGUGCUAAUCAUUUGUCUGCUGUAAACGGGUCAUGGGCUCCAUGUUCCGCAGUGAGGAGGUGUGCCUGGUGCAACUCUUCCUGCAAUCCGGUGCAGCCUACAACUGUGUCAGUGAGCUGGGAGAGCUGGGUAUUGUCGAGUUUAGAGAUCUUAAUCCGAAUGUGAACGCGUUUCAGAGGAAGUUUGUCAACGAGGUGAGAAGAUGCGAGGAGCUCGAGAAGACUUUCGCGUUUCUGGAGCAGGAGAUCACACGCUCCAUCUCUCCAUCACUGCGCUCACCGCUUCAGGAAGCCCUGCUCAGCCCCCCGGCACCACAGCCCAGAGAACUGCUCAUUAUCGAAGAGGAGAGUGAGCGUUUAUCUCGGGAGCUCAGAGAGGUUUCCAGAAACAGAGACAGCAUCCGGGCUCAGCUGACUCAGCUGUGUCAGUACAGAGGAGUGUUAACUCAGAUGCACUUCCUCACAGCCUCUCAGACUGCGGCACCUCCCUCGUUUGACCCAGUGGGUUUAGCAGAGAACAGGCAGGAUGUGAGGCUCAGCUUUGUGGCUGGCGUUGUGCACCCAUGGAAGGUACCAGCCUUCGAGAGGCUGCUCUGGCGUGCCUGCCGUGGUUACAUCAUUGUGGACUUUCGAGAAAUGGACGAAAAGCUGGAGCAUCCUGAAAGUGGUGAAAUGGUUCAGUGGACUAUCUUCCUCAUCUCCUUUUGGGGGGAUCAGAUUGGACAGAAGGUGAAGAAGAUCUGUGAUUGCUUCCACACACAGACGUUCCCAUAUUCAGAGAGCCAGGCAGAGAGAGAGCAGGUACUGAACGGGCUCAAGACCAGAAUCGAAGACAUCAAAUCAGUGAUGAACGAGACAGAACAGUACCUGCAACAGUUGCUAAUGCGUGCUGUGGCAGUUUUACCGCAGUGGCGUGUGCGGGUGCAGAAGUGCAAAGCCAUUCAGAUGGUGCUGAAUCUCUGCAGCCCCUCAGUCACUGAGAAGUGCCUGAUUGCUGAGGCAUGGUGCCCAGUUAGCCAGCUUCCUGCCCUACAAAGUGCCCUACGUGAGGGGGGGAGAACCAGUGGUAGCAGUGUUGAUUCAUUCUACAAUCGUUUGCCUGCUAGCACCUCUCCUCCUACCCUCUUCCCCACUAACGCUUUCACUGCAGGCUUCCAGAAUAUUGUAGAUGCUUACGGAGUAGCCAGCUAUAGAGAAGUCAACCCAGCACUGUACACCAUCAUUACAUUUCCAUUCCUGUUUGCGGUGAUGUUUGGGGAUGUGGGACACGGCCUUCUCAUGACCCUCGCUGCUCUCUGGAUGGUGUGUGAGGAAAAGGACCCCAAAUUAAGGAACAGCUCAAAUGAGAUCUGGCGUAUGAUGUUUGGAGGACGCUAUCUGAUCCUGUUGAUGGGAUUUUUCUCCAUCUACACGGGUGCCAUAUACAACGAGUGCUUCAGCAGAGGCCUUGUCACCUUCCCUUCCUCAUGGCAUAUUAGGCCCCAUGCAGAAUUCUACAACUGGACUGAUGAGACUUUCAGGACAAACCCCUAUCUCUCACUGGACCCAAAUGUUACUGGAGUAUUUACUGGCCCUUAUCCAUUUGGCAUUGAUCCGAUCUGGGGAAUGGCUAGUAACCAUCUGACGUUCCUUAACUCCUAUAAGAUGAAGAUGUCCGUGAUUAUUGGAAUCAUCCAUAUGACGUUUGGGGUCUGUCUGUCUUUCUUCAACUAUCUGCACUUCAGGGAGAUAAGCAGUGUGUUUCUGGUCCUGAUUCCCGAGUUGUUUUUCAUGCUGUGUUUGUUUGGUUACCUGAUCUUCAUGGUGAUUUUUAAAUGGGUUGUUUAUGGUCCUGAGAGCUCAAGCACAGCACCCAGUAUUCUCAUCCACUUCAUAGAUAUGUUCCUGUUCACAGAGAAUAAAGCCAAUCAGGACCUUUACAGUUACCAGAUGACGGUGCAGAAGAUACUGGUGGUUCUGGCAGUGUGUUCAGUUCCUGUGCUGCUGCUGGGAAAGCCCAUACAUGAGUACAUGACCUUCAAGAGGAAGAAACGCCAGGCAGGGUCAAGGGGUGAGAGGCGUCCUCUACUAGCAGAAAAUGGCUCUAUAAAUGCUCAGCAAGAUGAGCUUGAGACCAAACCAGAAAAAGAGGAGGAGGAGUUUGAUGCAGCCAAUGUGUUCAUGCACCAGGCCAUCCAUACCAUAGAGUACUGUCUGGGCUGCAUCUCUAACACUGCCUCUUACUUGCGUCUGUGGGCCCUCAGUCUUGCUCAUGCCCAGCUGUCAGAAGUGCUUUGGGUGAUGGUGAUGAGCAAAUCCUUCUCAACCACUAGCUAUGUGGGAAGCGUUAUCAUGAUAUUCGUCUUUGCUUUUUUCGCCAUCCUGACAGUAGCUAUUCUUCUCAUCAUGGAAGGUCUUUCGGCUUUUCUGCAUGCACUGCGUCUUCACUGGGUCGAAUUUCAGAACAAGUUCUACAGUGGCGCAGGCUAUAAGCUCAGUCCAUUUGCAUUCGCCUCCUUGAUCAGCUUCUCUUCAACCAACUGAUGGUUUAUCAGAUAAUUACACAGUGUUUUAACCCAGACAUUUCAAUGGUAUUGUUUAAUUUAUCCACAUCAAGUUGCAGUUUAUGUCGGAGAAGCUUCUUUUUCAGAUCAGUCUUCAUGUUGGUGGAGGAUUUCCUUUUAGUGUUAUCUGAAAUCAGUUUUAGGGAUUCUUAUAACGGUUAUAGUUGCAGAACCUCAUAACACUCAUAAUAAACCAAAUCUUAUUGCUGUGGGACCUGAUGGUAUACAUGAUGCAUUCCACAGAGUUUAUUCAGAUAGAAUGAGACCAAAAUGUAACUCAGGGAGAUUUUAUCCAUAUGAAAGAUUGUUCUGGUCUCCGUGUAACAGUAAAGUUUAACUUCAGCUUAAUUCUCCAAUAAUAUUAAUCACUGAGUUUAAAAUUCAGAUGAAUCAAAGGGAGUUACAGGGGUUUGCUUCUUGCUAUGUUUUUAUAUAAAUUAACAUCUGUCUUGGUGUCAUGCAUGUAAUGUCUUUUUAAAUACUUGGUUUACCAACGGAUUAUGAUUUAUACCUGAUUUUUGUAACGCUGAGAUACAAGUAAAUAUGAAGUUAAUAAAACUUGUCUCAUGUCUCAAA